AUGACUCAGUCCAACUUCACCAUCCCCGGUGUCAACAUGAGUGACCCCAAGUUCGACCCGGGCGAUUACUGCACCCUGGGCACCUGCCCACUCGACCUGGCACAUUUCACCUAUGUCCCGACUUUCGCCGGAAACCUGACCUACCUGGCCAUCCUCGGCGUGCUGUUGAUCUUGCAGAUCGGCCUCUCCAUCCGCUUCAAGACCUGGUCCUUUUUGGUCGGCAUGCUCGGCGGCGUCGUGCUGGAGAUUGUGGGAUACGUCGGCCGCCUCCAGAUGCACUACAACCCUUUCAAGUUCAACCCCUUCCUCAUCCAACUCAUCUGCCUCACCAUCGGCCCGGCCUUCCUCUCGGCCGCCAUCUACAUCUGCCUCGGCCGCAUCAUCGUCGCCUACUCGCCCGCCAUCUCGCGCUUCCGCCCCAAGACCUACACCGUCAUCUUCGUCCUGUGCGACCUGCUCUCGCUCGUCCUGCAGGCCGCCGGCGGCGCCAUCACCGCCACCGCCGACCGCGACGAGCCCGACAAGAACCAGAUGGGCAUCGACAUCAUGAUCGCCGGCCUCGCCUCCCAGGUCGCCAGCUUGGCCGUCUUCAUGGCCCUGUGCGUCGAGUACGCGUUUCGGGUGCGCAGCGCGGGUGAGGGGGCGCUGGAUGCUGGUUUCGCGGCGUUGAGGAGGGGCCUCGUGUUUCGGGGGAUGAUGGGCGCCAUUGCCACCGCCACUGUGCUCAUCUUUGUCCGCUGCGUUUACCGCGUUGCGGAGCUGAAAGAGGGCUUCAACGGCGAGCUCGCCAACGAUGAGCUGCUGUUCAUGAUCCUCGAGGGCCCGAUGAUCAUCGGUGCCGUGCUCGUGCUGACCGUCUUCCAUCCUGGUUUGGCCUUCGCCGGCCGCUGGGCCGAGGCGAAGCCCGGCAAGGGAAAGACUAACGAUGAGGUCUUGGAGAUGGAAAGGGUGAGGGCGAAGACGGUGGAUGACGGGAGUUUCGAGUCGGUUGCCGGUAUCGGGAGGAGCUGA